AUUUCAUGAUUAGAAUUUUCGAACGCACGAGAUUUAUUAUAGGCUAGAAUAUUAAACGAUGCCAUAUCCGCGGAAGAUGUGUUUACUUUGUCAAGUGUUCGAUUAAGAAAAAAAAUUGUCUUCGUAUAUGUGAGCCGAGUUUAUUCAUCAGUAUUUGUGAAGGAUAAAAAUGAUGCGAUGAGAUGAGCUUCUUGUAACAUGGGAAUCAGCAUUCGCUUGCCGCAUACCUCUUGUACAGGAUGUGUGAAAACGUGACGUGACGAGCAUCGAAGACUCUCCUUCGGGGAAACUCCUAAAGAACGAUGACGCAGUCAUCUCUGCGCAGGACCAUCUCAUCAAACCAGUCGCGACGCUUCUAUUAUAUUGCCGCAUGUUCGCUUUGGUGAUGGCAACAAUAUAAUUACUCAUUGUUCGACAAUGUAUAUCUACUGCGCAAAGAUGCUGCCUAUGCCGGAUCGCCUCGCGGCGUCGGGAUUCGCCUCGGCGAUUCCCUUUCACGCACACACACUCUGCUGGGGGUAUCCUUAUAUAUAUAUAUGUAUGAGCCUUCGAUCUUUCAUGAUGCUCUUGGCAACCGGUGCUGCAGUAUACACGAGGCAACCGGUAAAGCAAUAUAAACGAACCGGCAUCCUCCGAGAUGAUCGAAAUUCGAUCUUGCUGUUUAAAGUGUUUCUUGACGGUAGCCCUCAUCGUAUGCACGUUUUUCGUCGGAUCAGAUGCACGCGCAAAUGAAGGCAGUAGCGGCGCCUUUGCAUCAGCCAGCGCUCACGCUGGAGCUGGUGCAUCCGCAUUAAGUAGCGUCAGUGCAUUUGGAGGAGCGGGAGACUUUUCCAGAGUCUACGAUGGACACAAAGGGAUUCGCAGCUAUGACAGCAUCAGCUUGUCUCAUGACAAUGAUGCCAAUCGCGGUACAAAAUCCUAUGGCAUCAUUCCGGGACACGGCACCAGCGGUGACGGAAUAAGAGGCUCAGAUCAUGGCUAUAAUAAGAACGACUGUUCUAAAUGCAAAUGGGAAAAUGAUGAUUAUUGGGAACAGGACGAGCCGGAGGAGGAGGGGGACGAGAAUGACGGGGACGAAUGCGACGAUGGCCAAUACAAGCCCGACGGGACGCAUCACCAUGGCGCGGGGGGACAUGACAGAGGACAUAAAUCGGGAUCGCAUCCACCCGGCGUACAUAAGACCGGACCUAUAGAUGUAUAUGUUAAUGACGAACCUAAAGGUAGUAGACCCGCUAGUUCUUUUGGCGGUGUCGAGUAUCCAGUGCCGGCUACUGGAUACGCAGCCCCAACUAGAGGUUUUGCUACCGGAAGUACGCCAAAACCUGGAUCAGGCUGGAACACUCCGUUCGCCUAUACGACAUCAAAACCCGGAUAUGCUGGCACAACUGCAAGUAGCUACGGUACAACAUCAAACUCUUGGCUAAAUUGGAACAGAGGAACAACGCCGGGUGGUUUUGCCUCCUCGUCGAAUCCUACUUGGGGCAACUCUGGACCCGCCGGAAAUUUUGUAACAACGCCGAAACCUAGUUGGGCUAUCGGAUCCGGUGCUUCAACUGGACAGCCGUUUUCACAGAAACCUUGGAAUACCGGACUUGAUAAUGCUCCUGUUGCGAGCUCAUCGAAACCUGGAGGGUGGAAUACUGGAUUUGAUAAUACUCCAACGGCUGAUUUUUCGCAGAAAUCUUUGCCAGGUUGGAACCUACCCUCCGCCGGUCGUGAAUCUACCGGAAACUUCGGCGUUACGCCGAAUUAUGGACCAAGCGGGAAUUCCGGAUUCGACAGUAGUUCAGUCCGAGGACUUCCGUUCCCGCCAAAACCUGGACAAAGCUGGAAUGCUCCAUCCGAUAAUAAAUCUAAACCGAGUUCGAAUCCGGAUUAUGGAACUAAGUCCACCGGUACUGGUUGUCCUCGACCCGAUUCAAGUUGUACUCAAGCAAAACAAGGUCCUUUUAAAUUGGGCGCAACACCUAUCGAUAUUGACAGAAUGAAAGGUAGUGAAUCUCCAAGUGGUAUUUCUUCUGCAGUACCACAAACAGGAAGUGGUAUAUUUUCUCCAAAUAGUUAUGGAAGCCCAAAAGAAGAUCAAAAUUCACCUUAUGGUCAAUCUGGAACAGCACAAAGUACUAGUGCUUACGCUGGAGCAAGCGUAACAUCCGGCAUUGGGAGCACUCCUCACGGAGGAACACCUUUUGAAAAGAAAGAUCAUCCAUUUUUUAACAAACCAGCAGGCACUCAAACGUCGUACAGUGGAAGAGAUCAAGCACAUCCUAGCAGUGGUACUUUUAAUCCAGGAAGUGUUUCUGAUUAUAAUAAACCUGGACGUGAAAGUACGUGGCCGUCGAAUGUAGCAAAUACUUUCGGGACUACAAAAAGACCGUUUGGAGGAAUUAGUUCAUCUGAUACUGAAGUUCAAGAUACUACAUUCAGGCUUGGAAAAUUACCAGGCUCUCCUGGAAGCGGCGUUCACAAUUAUCCGGGUGUCACUAAGCCGAGUUAUGGGAGCGGAAUUACUAGCUCCUCGUUAAAUACUGACCAGCCUGCAAGCGGACGUAAUAUUUGGCAUAGUCCGGAAACCACAGAUUCUCAUGCAGGAGUUUCUGUCUCUACUACUGGAUUUGGCACUACCAAAUCUCCGUUUGGUCACAUAAAUAUUCCAGGAUCCGCAGCAUUCGAUAGUUCAUACAGCGGAACAGGCUUAAAACAACCUGGUUUUAAUGCAGCAAGUAGUAGUGCAAGUGCAAACACUGGUGUAAGCGCAUUUGAAACAUUCCCCGGUACGUAUAGCACUCCUUAUAUAGCUGGAACAACGCCAAGAUACGAAGGAGCUCCAACUUAUCCCGGAGUCAAGAAUUCUCCUGGAAGUACCGGAUUUACUUAUGAAAUUGCUCCUCAUGGCACACAUUCUUAUGCUGAAGCUGGUGCUUGGUCUGGCAAACAACCUGGAAGCGGAAGUAAAGCAUGGCCUGGCGAACAACCUGGAAGUGGUGCUACGCCUGGCGUGUAUGGAACUCUAAGUGAUACCUGGCCUGGGAAACAGCCUGAAGACAGUAGCGGAUCUUGGCCUAGCAAAAAACCUGGAGAUGGAAAGGGAAGUAGUACCUGGCCUAGAGGACAACCUGGAAGCGUUAGUGCAACUUGGUCUACCAGGCAACCAGAUAGUGGAGCCGGAAGUUGGCCUAGUGGAAAUCCUGGAGAUGGAAGUAAUGCUGCAUCCGGUAGUUAUCCAGGAGUUGGAAGUGGAAUUAGGCCUAACAAGCAACCUGCAGGCGGUAAUGGAGCUUGGCCUAGCAAACAACCAGAAGCUGGAAGUGGAAUAGGCACAUCUGGAUGUUCAAGCGUAAAUUGUGAAGGUAGCAUUAGUCCGUAUGGAGGAAACAGCAACUGCGGAGGCGGGAAUUAUAAUUGCAAAGGUAGUUGUACUGGAAGAGAUAAUAAUGCACCAGUGACACAUGGACCAUGCGGUGAAACAGUAAACGGUCCUAGCGGCGUUAAUAAAACAUAUUAUCCUGCUGGAACCGGUGAUGGUCAUGUUCCAAGCAUAGGGAAUGUAUAUGAACCAGCUCCACCUUUUAAUAGCGGCAUCGGAGCUUAUUCCGGGACCAAUAUAGGAUGUAGAAGUGGAGACAAUUCGUGUAAUCAAGCCGCAAGUGUAACACCUGAAGGUCCUGUGCAAUGGAAUUCCGCAAAUCCAUUUUUGUUUGGAACUGGAGGCGGUACUCCAAGCGAUGUUUCACAUCCCUGGAGUAGCGGAACUACAGUUAAACCGAUCGGAAAGGGAAAUCCAUUCCUCGAUCCCGAUUGGAACGGCCCUAAGCUUGAUCAUAGUAAUAGUAAUGCAAAUAAUGACAAAAAUGUGAUUCCUCAUGGUGAAGGAAAUCCUUUCCUGGAUGACAACAAGAGAAGAGGAAAUAUUGAAGUUAAUCCUAACGAAGGUGUGAUUCCACUCGGAGGCAGGAAAGCCGAAGGAUACAAUCCCUUUUUCGGAAGUGGAAACAGUGGCUCAGACAGUCCAUCGCACAGUGGUGGACAGUCUGAUAGAUACCCUGCAUUGGGAACGCCAGAAAGUGGCGGUGUAAAGGGUGAUUCUCGUCGAGUUUCGCCGCAGCAGGAAGCUAGCAGCGGGGUUUAUCCUACAGGUGGAAAUUCUCGCGGAAUCGAUCCGUUACGAUGUAAAUUGGGUCUUUUCGGUUGUGGAACGCCCGGUAGCGGAAGUUACGACACUAGCAGCGGUAAGCAUCCGGGAGGUGUAUUUGGAGGAAUCGGUGGAGAUGUCGGAACAAGUAGCGGAAAUUCAGGAUACGUCGGUACUUCCGGCAAUACUGGAACUGGAACCCGCGAUCAAUUCGGCACAGGUCAUCCCGCAUCGGCGGGAAGUAACUUGGCAGGAUCUGUUAAUGGAGCUUAUGCUGGAUCUUUUAGCAAUGCUCAAACUUCCAACUUUCCCAGCGCUAAAUCUUUACCUUCCUCCAAUACAGCAGGAACCGGCAAUGAUUUUGGCCAAGCUCGUAGCGGAAGCUGGUCUUCUAGCGGAGCACACGGUGGAUCCAAUUCCUGGGCUUCCAGCAGUGCCUUUGCCAGUAGUAGUUCUGGAAGCUGGUCAGGAAAUUAUCCUACCGACGUAAAGGGUUAAUUCAGAAGAUGCAAAAUGGAAUAAAUAUGCAGAUACAUAAUUGAUGACAUAAUUUUAAAACAUAAUAUACAUUUAGUUAAUAUCUUGCUACUUAAUAAAUAUAAAAUACUCUCUUGAUUCUUUUUAUAUAAAGAUUUUAUAUAUUUAUUACAUCCAUUCGUUGCGAUAUAUGAUAUGGAUAAAAUUUUUUUUAUUAUAUAUACAUUUGAUUGUACACAUAUUUUGUUUAAUCGGCGAAGAACAGACUUCGCAGAAUCAUACGAAUGAUUGUUUACGUCGCAAACGCUAAUUACCCAUUAUAUGAUCGAUAAUUGACUAUACACAUCAAUUUAGUAGUAUUCCAUAACUCUAUAGGAUUGCCCAUUAAAAAGAAAUAUUAAUUUGCACUAUUUUUAUAUAUCUUUUUUAGAUAUCAAUUUUGUUUUAAGCGAAAUAUAUCCUAGUUAAAUAUGUUAUUCGGUCAAUAAAUAAAAUAGAGAGUCUAAUUCCAUAGCAUAAGCAGUGAUAUUCGCAAAUUAAAAUUCCGAAAGUAUGGAUAAUCAAUUUAUUAUCCACCGGGUAUGUAUAAAAAAACCGAGCUAUUAUUCGCAAAUAUUCUUAUAACGCAAAAGUAAUUAUAGUUCAUUAAGAAAUAUAUAAAAAGAUAUGUUAAAAUGCGCAUGGUAUUAGUCGUUUUUGUUAAGACCUAUCGUGAGUUUGGAGUCCGGUGCUACAACCAUCAUGAAGAUUAUAUUAAUUUCAAUAUUAAUAGUAUUACUGAUUCAAUUAUGUAACGCACAAUUUGGUAAGUUUGGUUAUUAUAUUUGUUAUUACUUUUGUAUUAACAUUUAUUCAUUUUAUAAUUUCGCGUGAUUUGUUAAAUAAUAAAACUUUAUAUCUUUGAUAAACCUGGCUUUGGUCAAAAUAAAAAAAGUUUAAAAUAUCACUCAUGUAUAUAUAUAACAAUUGUAUGUUGUAUUUCUAUCUUAUUUUAUAUUUCAAGAUGUCUGUGUAUUACCAGGUAGAUACAAUUAUCUAACAAUAAGUUUGUCGAUCCGAUUUCUUUCUCUUUGAAUUACAUCAAAUUUUAAUUUGUCUGCAUUAUAUCGUUUGUGUUUUUAUUACAAAUCCUAUAAAUUGAAUAUCCUAAUAAAACAAAUUUUAUUAAUAACUUUUUCAUUAUACAAUUCAUAGGCUCAAUGUGGCCUAUAGGCACUAGAGAUAUGGGUAGAAGUGGAGGUCCAUUUUUUAAUGGCAGAGGAAAUCAGAGGGACUAUUUACCUAAUAAUGGUAGAUAUAAUAAUAUGGGACCAGGGUACGGAUAUGGAUUUUUACCAGGUACAUAUUAAAAUAUUCAGAGAAGAAUUCGUUCAGGCAACUUUUGCUUGUUAUAAGUAAAAUAUGUUUUAAGAAAAAAAAUUCUUGAUAUUUAAAUAUCUGAUUAUAAUAAAACUUUUUAUCGAAAUGUUUGGAUGAAGAAAUGUUUUACUUAUCGACGUUUGUUUAUAAGAAUCAUAGUUUAUGCUAUUUAAAACAAAAUUUUUUUGUAAAAAUAUAUGUUAAUAUUGCAAUUGUUUUAAAAUUAGUUAUCAUUGUAAUCAUUUCAUAAUUCCAAGCUCAAUAAUAUUAAUUGCUCCUUCGCUAUUUUUAAUUCAAUAAAAUCUUUUAUCUUAUAAAAAAAAUCUUGUAAGAAAAAGAAAUGAUUUUUCAUACAAAUGAUAAUAUUAUAAUAAUUUCAUUGUGUACGAUAUUAUUUUAGGUUUAAUCUAAUAACUCUUUCAACUCUACCAAGAAAUACAAGGAUCCAGUUAUAUAUAUCCUAACAAAUAAUAUGUACAUUGAUCUAUUCUCUUAAAAUAUGGGUCAAAUAAAUGAUAUGCAAUGAUUUACUUA